GUUAGCAUCCUCUUAAGAACAUAUUCGGCUCUUCUUCUCCAUUAGAGCACUAGCCAUGGAGGUGGAAGACAUUUACACUGGACUGCAGAAACCUGACUAGGAUAUCUAUUCUGUCAUCCCACCAGGGAAGAAACAGCCUGGAAAACACACAGUAAAAACGACUCUGAAGAAAGCCAGUCCCUGAAAGUGGGCUGCUGUGGGUUUUGCUGUGCUGUGGAUCCUCUCACUGUCCAUCACCCUGGUUGUGAUCUGUCACAGGAAUGCAGUGUAUGCCAGCCUCUUUCAAAAGUAUUCUGAACUGCCAUAUCACCUGAAGAACUAUAUAGACAUGACUGAAAACUCCACAGCUGUGUGGAAGUGGAUCCUCGGUGCUGCAGUUGAUGUGACUCUGGACCCUGAUACAGCAAACCCUUAUCUCAUCCUGUCUGAGGACAGGAAACAAGUGAGCGUUGGAGACACGCGACAGGAUCUCCCUGACAAUCCAGAGAGAUUUGAUCAUGUUGUCAGUGUCCUGGGCAGGCAGGGCUUCACCUCAGGGAGGCACUACUGGCAGGUGGAGGUGGGGGAGAAAGCUCAGUGGUACGUAGGAGUAGCCAGAGACUCCAUCAACAGGAAGGGGGUGAUUAAUCUGAAUCCUAAUAACGGUUACUGGACUGUGUGGCUGAAGGAUGGAAAGUUCAAGGCUCUUAUUGACACCUCUGUCCCCCUGAGUGUGAAGCCCCGAAAGGUGGGGGUGUAUCUGGAUUACGAGGAAGGGCAGGUCUCCUUUAACAAUGUGGAGACCAGAUCUCACAUCUACACUUUCACUGAGACCUCUAUCCAUACUUCUGCCCUUCUACUAAUGUUGUUGGUAAAAACGCAGCCCCGCUGAUCAUCCUCCUUGUCAGUGAUAGAGAUUGAAUAAAGUGGUGUAUCUGUAUGACAGCCUAUACCAGCACUGAUAAUGGUAGGGGAGUCAAACUCCAGUCCUCGAGGGGCGCAGGGUCUUCUGGUUUUCAUUCCAACUUGAGCUCUCAAUUAA